CUCACUCUCCACGAGUUCCACGCCUCGCGCUGUGGCUCCGCCCUUUCUCGAGUCCGCCCCCGCAACCUCCAGAGCGUGUGCUCUCCUUUCCCCUCGGUCUCCAGCCAUCUAGCUGCCCUGGGUCUCCCGCUCCGCAGAGCGGCCAGCGCCUCUCCGGCCUCGCUCGGACGCCUCCGCGCGCCUCCUGGGGAGGCCACCGCGUCCACUACUCGCAGCUCUCCGCCUCCGACCCGGGCUCGGGGUCGCGCGCCCUGACUCCGCCCCCUCCCGCGGACUCGCGCACUCCGGGCCCGGCCUCUCCCGGCUCAGGCCGCCGCGCGCUCGGCCGCCCCCCACCCCUCCUUUCCCGCUCCCCGGGCGCUCUCGCUCUCGCGCUCUCCGAGGCGAGCGCGCUCCCGGCCCGCGCGCUCCGUGCUCCAGCUUCUCCCGGUUCCUGUCAGUGCGGUGACUGCGCUGGGAAACAUGGCGACCGAGGGAAUGAUCCUCACUAACCACGACCAUCAAAUCCGCGUCGGAGUCCUCACAGUGAGUGAUAGUUGCUUCAGGAAUCUUGCAGAAGAUCGCAGUGGGAUAAAUCUCAAGGAUCUCGUACAAGAUCCGUCUUUGUUGGGUGGGACUAUAUCAGCAUACAAGAUAGUACCAGAUGAAAUAGAAGAAAUCAAGGAAACCUUGAUAGAUUGGUGUGAUGAAAAGGAACUUAAUUUGAUCUUAACAACUGGAGGAACAGGGUUUGCACCACGAGAUGUCACUCCCGAGAAAUUCCCAACAUUCCCAUUUUGUGGGCUCCAGAAAGGGGCCACAAAAGAAGUAAUAGAACGAGAAGCGCCAGGGAUGGCCCUGGCAAUGCUGAUGGGAUCACUUAAUGUUACACCUCUGGGCAUGCUCUCUAGGCCUGUAUGUGGAAUCAGAGGGAAAACUCUCAUAAUUAACCUGCCAGGUAGCAAGAAAGGAUCUCAGGAAUGCUUUCAGUUCAUACUGCCAGCUCUACCUCAUGCCAUUGACCUUUUACGUGAUGCCAUUGUAAAAGUAAAGGAAGUGCAUGAUGAACUUGAAGAUUUACCUUCCCCACCACCUCCUCUUUCCCCUCCUCCCACAACUAGCCCUCAUAAACAGACAGAAGACAAAGGGGUUCAAUGUGAGGAAGAGGAAGAAGAAAAGAAAGACAGUGGUGUUGCUUCAACAGAAGACAGUUCUUCAUCACAUAUAACUGCAGCAGCCAUUGCUGCCAAGAAGCAUCCAUUCUACACCAGUCCUGCUGUUUUCAUGGCACACGGUGAGCAGCCCAUCCCUGGUCUCAUCAAUUAUUCCCAUCAUGCAGCAGGCAGUACAGAUGAACGGAUUCCAGACUCCAUCAUUUCUCGUGGCGUUCAGGUGCUCCCACGAGACACAGCCUCCCUCAGCACUACUCCUUCAGAAUCGCCUCGUGCUCAGGCUACGUCUCGCCUUUCUACAGCUUCCUGCCCAACACCAAAAGUCCAGUCCAGGUGCAGCAGCAAGGAGAACAUUCUCAGAGCCAGUCACAGUGCUGUCGAUAUCACCAAGGUGGCUAGAAGACAUCGCAUGUCUCCUUUUCCUCUAACAUCUAUGGACAAAGCCUUCAUCACAGUCCUGGAGAUGACUCCGGUGCUUGGGACAGAAAUCAUCAACUACCGAGAUGGAAUGGGGCGAGUCCUUGCUCAAGAUGUAUACGCAAAAGACAACCUACCCCCCUUCCCGGCGUCAGUGAAAGAUGGCUAUGCUGUCCGAGCUGCUGAUGGCCCAGGAGAUCGUUUCAUCAUUGGGGAAUCCCAAGCUGGUGAACAGCCAACUCAGACAGUAAUGCCGGGACAAGUCAUGCGAGUUACAACAGGUGCUCCAAUCCCCUGCGGUGCUGAUGCAGUAGUACAAGUGGAAGAUACCGAACUUAUCAGGGAAUCCGAUGAUGUACGUCAUUACCAGGGCACUGAGGAACUUGAAGUACGAAUUCUGGUGCAAGCUCGGCCUGGCCAAGAUAUCAGACCUAUCGGCCAUGAUAUUAAAAGAGGAGAAUGUGUUUUGGCCAAAGGAACCCACAUGGGCCCAUCAGAGAUUGGUCUUCUGGCAACUGUAGGUGUCACAGAGGUUGAAGUUAAUAAGUUUCCAGUGGUUGCAGUCAUGUCAACAGGGAAUGAGCUGCUAAAUCCCGAAGAUGACCUCUUACCAGGAAAGAUUCGAGACAGCAAUCGUUCAACCCUCUUAGCAACAAUUCAGGAACAUGGUUACCCCACAAUCAACUUGGGAAUUGUGGGAGACAACCCAGAUGACUUACUCAAUGCCUUGAAUGAGGGUAUCAGUCGUGCUGAUGUCAUCAUCACAUCAGGGGGUGUGUCCAUGGGGGAAAAGGACUAUCUCAAGCAGGUGCUGGACAUUGACCUUCAUGCUCAGAUCCAUUUUGGCAGGGUUUUUAUGAAACCAGGCCUGCCAACGACAUUUGCAACUUUGGAUAUUGAUGGUGUAAGAAAAAUAAUCUUUGCACUACCAGGGAAUCCUGUGUCAGCUGUGGUCACCUGCAAUCUCUUUGUUGUGCCUGCACUGAGGAAGAUGCAGGGCAUCUUGGAUCCUCGGCCAACCAUCAUCAAAGCCAGGUUAUCAUGUGAUGUAAAACUGGAUCCUCGUCCAGAAUACCAUCGGUGUAUACUGACUUGGCAUCACCAAGAACCACUGCCUUGGGCACAGAGUACAGGUAAUCAGAUGAGCAGCCGUCUGAUGAGCAUGCGCAGCGCCAACGGAUUGUUGAUGCUACCUCCAAAGACAGAGCAGUACGUGGAGCUCCACAAGGGCGAGGUGGUGGAUGUCAUGGUCAUUGGACGGCUAUGAUGGUCACCAGCAGGAGAAGGCUUUGAUGCAUGUCCACAUAUCAUUGACUGUAUCCUGUAAUAUGCAACGGCACAGCUAGUUUUUCUGAUUUGGAUAAAAGUUGAUCUGUAUAGUUAACACCUUGAACUAUAUUUCAAAAGAAUUUAAAUACCUUUUAAAGAAAAAAACACCUUAAAAAAAAAUCUUAACAGACAACUCUAUUCUGAUUAUAUCAAGGCAAAUUUUUCCUUUCUUGCAAAUUGCUUUGUGUGUUCAAUGCUAGGUCUGAUAGCGAUAGCUUUUAGUAGACAGCAGUAGGUGCCUGCAGAACUUGUGUUUUUCUCAUCUUUAAAAUACAACUACUUAUGCUCUUAAAUCAAGGCUGUCUGCUUAUUUAUACUAGUGUAGGCAACACUUGGAUUUCCCUUCUUAGUAUGCUUCAUAACCGCUUUACAGAGAGCUUUUGCUUGUUCUUUAUCAUGUAUCUCGUGUUUAUGUGCACAGUGCCAAAAGAAGAGUGGCUGGGUGGAGGCCCUGCCCUGCCUCAAGGAGAACCAUCUCCUGCAGAGCGUCCAGGGCGGUUUCUCACCCAGCAGCCUCAUGGCACAGUACUCUUGGGCAGUAACUGGAUACCUUUUAUUUGAACAAACAAACUGGGGGAAAAAAAUGCUUCCUUAAGUGCUGACAGCCUUUUUAACCAAUACAUUUAAAAUUGUACAGAACAAAAAAUAAAAUCAAAGACUGAUCUUGUACAGAUAUUAGUGUUACCAGCAUUCAUGUGGAAAUCAAGAGCAAAGAAAAAAUAAUGUUAAACAACUCUGUACCAUAACAUUUUCUGUAAUGAUACUGAAACUUAAUGAAUAAAAAAAAUCCUUGAUCAUUAUUUAAAAAUCUAUUGUGUUGGCCUGG